AUGGCAAUCGAUUCACCUGAAAAGAAAUAUGGUAAUACACAGCUGAUUCUCAACGAAUUGGUGGAACAAAUGGAAAGAUGCCAGGCCAGCAGCAGGAAAACUGAAGAUCAGAGGAACCUUGAUACGUUCUACAAAAGAAGCAUGAGCAAUCCAAUGAGGGAAGUUGGACCACAAGACCACUACAUUCAAGCAUCUGCGAUUUCAUUGAUACGGAAGUGGAAUAUCAACAUCACAUCGAAUUCGAUACGAAAGGAAAAAGCAUGCAUUUUCUGCGAGAAGAAGGGUCAUUCUCCCAGGAGCUGCCCUGAAUUCACAACUCAUGAGCAAAGACUGCAAUAUAUGAGACGCCAUUCACUUUGCCUGAACUGUGGAGCCCCAGACCACAGGGCGAAUGAGUGUAACAAGGGACCACCAGCAGAAUUUAGUUUCCUCCUCAUUAAGACAAGAAGAAUACACAUUCUCCUCACCCAAACAAGACGACGAAGAAAGAUCCGAUCUCGACGUAUUAUGUUUGGAAAGUACCAGUUUGAAAACAAAGCGAAAGGACUGUGUCCUCAUAGGAGAGGCGCUGGUCUUCAACAAAUCCACACAGAUCGAUCAUCCGUAUGCAACGAACUUGCAAGACGCCUUUGCCUAGAGAAUGAAGACUCGAUCCGAAUGAGCAUCAACACAUUCGGAAAUCACGCACCAGGGGAAACGCUUUGUGACGCUCACUACAAUCCAAAAAUUUGA